UAUCUUGACAAGUGGGGUCCAAGCAAGUCAGCAUGGAUGACUUGAAGAAUUGGCCAGAAAUAGAGAAAGCCGCCAAGGAGAAGCGGCGUGAGCUUGUGUUUCAGGGUCCGGCUUUCGACGAGAGGAUCUCCGCUAACGGAGGGCUCGCCUCGGCCAUCUAUUCUCUCACCUUGCUGAAUUAUCUGGAAGUUAGCCAAUGCCCGAGUCUGACGGAGAUCCACGAGGGCAUCCAGCGUCUGACGACCCUCCAGAGCCUCAUCCUGUGCAGGAACGGGCUCUCCUCCGUGCCAAAUGUCGUCGGAAUGCUCAAGGCGUUAAAGGUCCUGGACCUCGCGGCCAACAACCUGAGCGCGCUGCCGGAGGGGGUCACUCAGUUGAAGGAGCUAACCACCCUGAACGUGAGCUGCAAUCGCCUGGAAGUUCUUCCGGAGGGGCUCAGCCAGUGCACCAAGCUGUCCGUCAUCAACGUCUCCAAGAACCGGCUCACCGGCUUCCCCGCCGACUUCUACUCCGAGAAGCUGGAUCGCCUGAGCACGCUGAUCGGCUACGACAACGUCAUCGAGCAGCUGAGCGGAGACGUCCACAAGCUAGCCGCCCUGAAGGUGCUUGACCUCUCCAACAACAAGCUGAAGGAGAUCCCCACCGAUCUGAGCGACUGCGCCAAGCUCAAGGAGAUCAACUUCCGAGGCAACAAGCUGAACGACAAGCGGCUGGAGAAGAUGGUCAACGGCUGCCAGACCAAGUCCAUCCUGGACUACCUCAGGGUGAAAGGGAAAGGGCGACGGGGCGAGGAAGGCGGCGACGCGGAAGGGGGUCGCAAGGCGGACAAGGGGAAAAAGCAGCAGAGGAAGAAGAAGGUGGCGGACGACCAAGAGGAGGAGGAGCAGGAGGAGCUGAACAAGAUGGUGGUGAGGGUUCUCCACGUCUCCGACAGCCCCACGGCGAUCUCCGUCACGGUGGCUGCCGAGGUGAAAGACGUGCGGCCGUAUUUGGUGUGCUGCGUGGUCCGAGGCAUGAACCUGAAGCCCGGGAACGCUCUCAAACGGUUCCUGAUGGCCCAGACGAAGCUUCAUGAUGACUUGUGCGGCAAAAGGACCAUCGCGACCAUCGCGUCCCACGACGUGCAGCUCAUCAAAGCGCCGCUGACGUACGACGUCAGACCGCCGACCCAGCUGAAGGUUGUGUCUCUGGGUCGCAAAGAGAUGACGGCCGUGGAGCUCAUAAAGCAACUUCAGCUGGAGGCGGAUGAGAUGAGGAAGCAGAAGAAGAGGCAGAACGUCACCGGCCUCCACAAAUACCUGCAGCUCCUGCAGGGAAAAGCCAUGUAUCCCUGCAUCGUGGACGCAGAGGGCCAGGUGAUCUCCUUCCCACCUAUUACCAACAGUGAGAAAACCAAGAUCAAGAAGACGACCACAGAGUUGUUCCUGGAGGUGACGAGUGCCGCCAGCCUGCAGACCUGUAAAGAUGUGAUGGACGCUCUGAUCGUCAAAAUGGCCGAGUUGAACAAGUUCACGUCGGAGCACCGGGAGGAGGCGGGGUCGGAUGGGGAAGGGGAGGGCCCGCGGGAUCCGGCCCUCGCCGCUGCCGGCAGCGAGCCCUCCGGCAGCGAGCUGAUCGUGCAGCAGAUCCGCACGGUGGACCGGGACGGGAACCUGAAGGUCGUCUACCCGUCAAAGACCGACCUCUGCAGCGACGUCGGCAACCUGACCGUCGUCUGGUAGCCGGUUGUCGAUGAACCUCCUGAUUUUUACACUCGUUCAGAUGAAGUCAUUUUAAAAAAAGAUUAACAUGGUGGGACAUUUUGGGCUGAGGUUUGACGACAUGCAACUAAAUGAAUCUUUUCACGACGGGGACAACGGGAGAAUGGGAUCCCCAAAAAGAUUUUAUUUCCUUUUUUUUUUGCAAUGGAAGCGUUGCUUUUUGGCGAAUGUGUUUGGAAAGCUUUUGUUGUUGGUAAAUCUUUUUGCUGCUUCCUGAAAAAACACAAUCAAUACGUCAAAAUAUCUGCCCAAAUAUACUUAUUGUUUUGUAUUAUUUACUAACUGAAGGCCAGUUGUGUGUACUUGACUGGUCUGUAGUAACUGGACGAUUUUGUUUAAUCAACUCACGACAUUGUAACUUCCCCCUUAAGCAACCGCGAGUAAUGUCUGACUUGGACCGAAUAAAAUGUUCUCCUGUA